AUGGCUAAUAUUAACGAUAUUCCUAUCUCCAACAUAACUAAUGCUUUCCCAAUUCGGCAUUAUAGAAAGCUUGGUAGCAAGACCGGCAGUGGGGGUGCUUGGUUAAUUGCUUAUAAUAUAGCUCAGCAAAACCAUUUUAAAGCUAUUCUAUGUGCGGAGAAAGGCGAAAAGAAAGAGGAAGGAAGAACGUUAUCCAAUAAUCGCGGAGAAAUUAUCAAAAAUCCAAAGAAUACACCAGCUGUGAAGAAUAGUCCACUCAAGGUUCUGGAUGGUUUCUUCCUGCUAAAACAUUGUGGAGUUGAAGAUCCAUCUGAUUUGUGUUCUAUUAACAUCAGCGGUUGUCAAUUAACAGAUGUAAAUUCGGAAGAUUUAGCUCUGUUUGAUAACGUCGUUCACAUUAAUGCUGGAGAGAAUGAAUUACCUAUAGAAAAAUUGAAAACAUUUCCAGAAUUAAGAGAAUUGGAGAUGCAAUUGAAUGAUUUGUCGGACAUAUCGAUUAAUACUGGCGAAUUUACCAAAUUACAUGCAUUGGAUUUAUCCUAUAACUGCUUAAAUAAAAAUGAUAUACUGAAUUUAGGAACGUUACCGCAAUUGAGAUUAUUAAAAUUAACAGGGAAUGAUUUAGGUAGUUUACCAUUAGAGCUUUCUGCCACAUCAACGCCAAGUCACUCCGACAAUGUGAAAGAGAAAGAAAAGCAUAAACCACUAUAUCCGUCGUUAGAAUAUUUAUAUUUGGAUAGCAAUCAAUUAACGGAGACGUGCUUCCUUCCGAUAGCAGGACUUAAAAAUCUAAGAUACCUAAAUUUGGAUAACAAUGAAAUUACUUGCGUUCCAUCGAUAUCCUUACUGUUAAAAAUGAGAAUAUCAUCGGGCACUACCAAUCCAAGCAAACGUAGAAGUGUAGCUCCAAUAUCUGCUGGUAGUGAAAGAUCGAAUAUUAUUUCAGAAGGAAGAAAAAUCGAUGAUGACGAGAUUAAAAGCGUUCAAAGUCGCGCAGACAGUAAUGUAACCUUUGAGCAUACAGAAUUACCAAGACAUCCCACUGUUGAGAGCAUUUUAGGCAGUAGUAUUAUAUCAAGCUCUCUAUCUGAUGAUGAAACCGCUUUCCCAUUUUACUACUUGCAAGCAUUAAGCGUAGCUAAUAAUUCAAUUGCCACAGAGGAAGCUUUAUUGUCACUGGCUGAGUAUCCACAAGUUAAAGAACUUGUUAUUUAUGGUAAUCCGCUAUUGACUAAAAUAAAAGGCAAUCCACCUUUAUUAACAAAAGAGUUAGUCAAAGCAAGGGGGAUUCAUGUAGUUCGGACCAAUGUUGACGACGAAUGGAAAUCGAAAAAAUAUCGACCUCGUCCUAUCGUCAAUCAACGUCGCAAGGUUCAGGAUGUCUUACCUCCUAUCCCUAAACGUCGCUAUCCUCUUAGCAUCGAAGCUCCAUAUUACAAUUUCUCACAACCUCUUCCUACAACACAAGAUACUAUUUCAUCGGAUCAUCCUAGUAGUAACACUGAAAUCAUCGAUGAUAUUCCUAAUGAAAUCUUACAAGAGAAAAUGAAUGAAGUAGAAGACAAUGAUGAUGAAAAUAAUUUCUUUUUAACUCAGCAACAAAACGAUUUCGAUCGUCCAUUAACUUCAUCACUAGAAAAAUCGACUGCUGAAGACCAAUAUAUUAAAGAGGAAAUUAUUCCACAUGAAAAGCAAAGAGAAGUAGCUAAGAAAUUGCCAAAGAAAUAUAAAGGAUUUGAGGAAUUGGCUUCUGGUCUUGAUGAUGAUAAACCAGAAAAUAAUUUCCCAAAAGAUAUGCAAAGCAGUGUUCGAGCUCUAAAAUAUGCAUUGCAUCAUCCCUUAACUUAUCAAGAAGAAGAACCAGUAAAUUACUAUAAACCUAAACUAAGAUUAGGAUAUAAUACAUCAAGAUCGAAAACAACCAAUGAUAAGUUGCAAUCUGCUUUAACCGUAAUUCAAGGUGAUUUAAACACGAUGGAAGGCAAUUUAGAUAAUUUAUUGAGAAAAAGCGAUCAAGACAAAGACGAUGCUGUUCGAUUACUUUCAAGGGUACAAACUAAAUAUGAAGAAUUUCGAGAAGCUACCUUAAAAUCUGUAGCGUCAACCUGUGAAGCUUUACAUGAAGGAUUAGAUAGUGUCUUAGGUACCGAGGUGACCAAUAUCUCGCCAGCGGCAAGUCCAGAAAUGUCUAUUAAGGCUUCUCAGCAACAGUUGUUAAAAUCUUCUCCUUCAAGUGCUAACUCGAAUAAUGAUUCACGAACACUUCAUUCACCAUUCUGA